AUGGCCACCGCUGUCUUGCGUCUCAAUAACUACUUGCAGAAUAGAGGUCAACUGCCCAAUUUUAGCUGGGAAGAGUCUUCCAAUGGCCCGGCGAAUGCCCUCAAUUGGACGAUGAAGUGCAAGCUGAACGGGCAAGUCCUUGGAGAGGCCACUUCCGGCAGGAAGGGCGACGCGAAAGAAGCGGCUGCUGCAAUUGCACUCAGAAGGCUUGGGCAGUGA